AGUUCGAAUUCCGUGCUGCCGGGGUUCGCUGGUUUCCGAGUUGUGUCCGAGGCUCCCACGCGCAGGGGCCCGAGAAAGGGUCAGAGGCUUCCUAACGCAGACUCGAGUGCGAAGCGCGCAGUCGCCGGGUGGGUCUCUCCCCAGCGACGAUUUGGGUGGUGAGCGACUGCGCCUUGGCGUGGGGAAACCGGCUUACCUGGGGGAGUUUUGUUCCUUUCCCUCCCGGCACCUUGGAUGCGCUGGGACUGGUCCUCGUGGUUGCUGAGCAUGCUGCUCUGAACGGUUGUAUUUUAUUUGAUGAAAAAUAGGAGGCCGGGCGCAGUGGCUUACGCCUGUUAUCUCAGCACUUUGGGAUGCCGAGGCGGAAGGAUUGCUUGAGCCCAGGAGUUCGAGGCCAGCCUUGGCAAUAUGGCGAGCCACUGUCUCUAUAAAAUUAAAAAAAAAAAAAAAAAAAAAGAGGAAACUGUCACUUCCGUCCCCCACCCCCGCCCCCGCUUCUUUCAGACGGAUGUAAGAUUAGCUGUGUCAAGCGAUCUUGAGACAGGAGACUACUACAUAAAGUUAUGACUUCUUUCCAAAAUGAGGAAUCUUUUUCGACUACAGCCCAUUGUAUCACAUACAUAGGGUAUAAAAGAACACUUGUCCUUCGUUUGAUGGGUGUGCGUGUGCAAACCUACAAACACAUUGUUAAUUAGGGCCGAAAGAUGAUGUUGUUAAGGUCGGUGAGUAGGAUGAUGUGCUUUUCUAGGUAUGCAUAGUCAGUGAAGAUAGCCUUUUUUGGGUAACUACUGUAAAUUGAAGUUAAGGACAUUCAUUUGACAGUAAAUGGCCCACUAGGAAAAUGAAAACAUUUUAGUAUCAAAUAUAUUCAUUGCUACUGCAGAAGAGUUAGGGAGUUCUUUCUUUCUUUCUUUUCUUUUUUUUUUUUUUUUUGAGACCGAGUCUCACUCUGUCGCCCAGGCUGGAGUGCAGUGGCGCGAUCUCGGCUCACUGCAACCUCCGCCUCUCAGGUUCAAGCAAUUCUCUGCCUCAGCCUCCCGAGUAGUUGAGAUUACAGGCGCUCGCCACCACCCUCGGCUAAUUUUUUUGUAUUUUUAGUAGAUACGGGGUUUCACCAUCUUGGCCAGGUUGGUCUUUAACUUUUGACCUCGUGAUCCACCCGCCUUGACCUCCCAAAGUGCUGGGAUUACCGGCGUGAGCCACCGCGCCCGGACUGGGAGUUAUUUCUUGCAUGGCAAUACACAGAUGUUGAACUAAAACCUGAUUUAAGAUGAAAUAUAUAGUACCAAAUGGUAUUAUAGAAUUUGCCCAAUUUUCUCUACCCUUUUCUCCUUCACCAUCAUACAGAGAGCUAGAGAUGUUGAAUAGAUAAAGCAGGAUGGGGACCUGAUUUAUUGACUUGUCUGCGAGAGUCUUGUCACUUAAGCAGAAGCAAAUUUGUGGAAACAAAAAAGGGAAAGAGGAUAGAACCAGUUUGUCUAUUAAGAUUACAUAGUAUCUCAUUUAAUUUCCUGCCACUUUCUUUCCAUAAGGUGGGAGUUUUCUUUUUAAUCUUCCUCCCUACAUCUGAGAAUUUUUGAGUGGGGAAUAAAUGUAACAUACCAUUCUAACUGGAUGAGGGAAGGAAGGACAGUUUAGUAUUCGUUAAUUCAUUCAAAAUAUUGAGCUUCUCUAAGUACAUUGCAGUCCUGAACGUAAUGCACAGGACUUUUAACCUUUUGGAACUUGGGAUGGGAUCAGAAUGCUAAGAAGGGCGUUGAAGGAGAUGCUACAAUGAAAAAGAAAUGGAAUCUAGUUCAUCAGACUACUAUAAUAAAGACAAUGAAGAGGAAAGUUUGCUUGCAAAUGUUGCUUCCUUAAGACAUGAACUGAAGAUAACAGAAUGGAGUUUGCAGAGUUUAGGGGAAGAGUUAUCCAGUGUUAGUCCAAGUGAAAAUUCUCAUUAUGCCCCUAAUCCUUCAAGGUCUGAAAAGCUAAUUUUGGAUGUUCAGCCUAGCCACCCUGGACUUUUGAAUUAUUCACCUUAUGAAAACGUCUGUAAAAUAUCUGGUAGCAGCACUGAUUUUCAAAAAAAGCCAAGAGAUAAGAUGUUUUCAUCUUGUACCCCUGUGGAUGAGGAGAUUAAAAGCCUUCGAGAGAAACUAAAUAAACUUAGGCAACAGAAUGCUUGUUUGGUCACACAGAAUCAUUCCUUAAUGACUAAAUUUGAAUCUAUUCACUUUGAAUUAACACAGUCAAGAGCAAAAGUUUCUAUGCUUGAGUCUGCUCAACAGCAGGCAGCCAGUGUCCCAAUCUUAGAAGAACAGAUUAUAAAUUUGGAAGCAGAGGUUUCAGCUCAAGAUAAAGUUUUGAGAGAGGCAGAAAAUAAGCUGGAACAGAGCCAGAAAAUGGUAAUUGAAAAGGAACAGAGUUUGCAGGAGUCCAAAGAGGAAUGUAUAAAAUUAAAGGUGGACUUACUUGAACAAACCAAACAAGGAAAAAGAGCUGAACGACAAAGGAAUGAAGCACUAUAUAAUGCCGAAGAGCUGAGUAAAGCUUUCCAACAAUAUAAAAAAAAAGUGGCUGAAAAACUGGAAAAGGUUCAAGCUGAAGAAGAAAUAUUAGAGAGAAAUCUAACUAACUGUGAAAAAGAAAAUAAAAGGCUACAAGAAAGGUGUGGUCUAUAUAAAAGUGAACUUGAAAUUCUGAAAGAGAAAUUAAGGCAGUUAAAAGAAGAAAAUAACAACGGAAAAGAAAAAUUAAGGAUCAUGGCAGUGAAAAAUUCAGAAGUCAUGGCACAACUAACUGAAUCUAGACAAAGUAUUUUGAAGCUAGAGAGUGAGUUAGAGAACAAAGACGAAAUACUUAGAGACAAAUUUUCUUUAAUGAAUGAAAACCGAGAAUUAAAGGUCCGUGUUGCAGCACAGAAUGAGCGACUAGAUUUAUGUCAACAAGAAAUUGAAAGUUCAAGGGUAGAACUAAGAAGUUUGGAAAAGAUUAUAUCCCAGUUGCCAUUAAAAAGAGAAUUAUUUGGCUUUAAAUCAUAUCUUUCUAAAUACCAGAUGAGUAGCUUCUCAAACAAGGAAGACCGUUGCAUUGGCUGCUGUGAGGCAAAUAAAUUGGUGAUUUCGGAAUUGAGAAUUAAGCUUGCAAUAAAAGAGGCAGAAAUUCAAAAGCUUCAUGCAAACCUGACUGCAAAUCAGUUAUCUCAGAGUCUUAUUACUUGUAAUGACAGCCAAGAAAGUAGCAAAUUAAGUAGUUUAGAAACAGAACCUGUAAAGCUAGGUGGUCAUCAAGUAGCAGAAAGCGUAAAAGAUCAAAAUCAACAUACUAUAAACAAGCAAUAUGAAAAAGAGAGGCAAAGACUUGUUACUGGAAUAGAAGAACUACGUACUAAGCUGAUACAAAUAGAAGCUGAAAAUUCUGAUUUGAGGGUUAACAUGGCUCACAGAACUAGUCAGUUUCAGCUGAUUCAAGAGGAGCUGCUAGAGAAAGCUUCAAACUCCAGCAAACUGGAAAGUGAAAUGACAAAGAAAUGUUCUCAACUUUUAACUCUUGAGAAACAGCUGGAAGAAAAGAUAGUUGCUUAUUCCUCUAUUGCUGCAAAAAAUGCAGAACUAGAACAGGAGCUUAUGGAAAAGAAUGAAAAGAUAAGGAGUCUAGAAACCAAUAUUAAUACAGAGCAUGAGAAAAUUUGUUUAGCCUUUGAAAAAGCAAAGAAAAUUCACUUGGAACAGCAUAAAGAAAUGGAAAAGCAGAUUGAAAGACUUGAAGCUCAACUAGAGAAAAAGGACCAACAAUUUAAAGAACAAGAAAAGACUAUGUCCAUGUUGCAACAAGAUAUAAUAUGCAAACAACAUCAUCUUGAAUCACUGGAUAGACUCUUGAUGGAAAGCAAAGGGGAAAUGAAAAAGGAAAAUAUGAAGAAAGAUGAAGCUUUAAAAGCAUUACAGAACCAAGUAUCUGAAGAAACAAUCAAGGUUAGGCAACUAGAUUCAGCAUUGGAAAUUUGUAAGGAAGAACUUGUCUUGCAUUUGAAUCAAUUGGAAGGAAAUAAGGAAAAGUUUGAAAAACAGUUAAAGAAGAAAUCUGAAGAGGUAUAUUGUUUACAGAAAGAGCUAAAGAUAAAAAAUCACAGUCUUCAAGAGACUUCUGAGCAAAACGUUAUUCUACAGCAUACUCUUCAGCAACAGCAGCAAAUGUUACAACAAGAGACAAUUAGAAAUGGAGAGCUAGAAGAUACUCAAACUAAACUUGAAAAACAGGUGUCAAAACUGGAACAAGAACUUCAAAAACAAAGGGAAAGUUCAGCUGAAAAGUUGAGAAAAAUGGAGGAGAAAUGUGAAUCAGCUGCACAUGAAGCAGAUUUGAAAAGGCAAAAAGUGAUUGAGCUUACUGGCACUGCCAGGCAAGUAAAGAUUGAGAUGGAUCAGUACAAAGAAGAGCUGUCUAAAAUGGAAAAGGAAAUAAUGCACCUAAAACGAGAUGGAGAAAAUAAAGCAAUGCACCUCUCUCAAUUAGAUAUGAUCUUAGAUCAGACAAAGACAGAGCUAGAAAAGAAAACAAAUGCUGUAAAGGAGUUAGAAAAGUUACAGCACAGUACUGAAACUGAACUAACAGAAGCCUUGCAAAAACGGGAAGUACUUGAGACUGAACUACAAAAUGCUCAUGGAGAAUUAAAAAGUACUUUAAGACAACUCCAGGAAUUGAGAGAUGUACUACAGAAGGCUCAAUUAUCAUUAGAGGAAAAAUACACUACUAUAAAGGAUCUCACAGCUGAACUUAGAGAAUGCAAGAUGGAGAUUGAAGACAAAAAGCAGGAGCUCCUUGAAAUGGAUCAGGCACUUAAAGAGAGAAAUUGGGAACUAAAGCAAAGAGCAGCUCAGGUUACACAUUUGGAUAUGACUAUUCGUGAGCACAGAGGAGAAAUGGAACAAAAAAUAAUUAAAUUAGAAGGUACUCUGGAGAAAUCAGAAUUGGAACUUAAAGAAUGUAACAAACAGAUAGAAAGUCUGAAUGACAAAUUACAAAAUGCUAAAGAAGAGCUUCGAGAAAAAGAGUUUAUAAUGCUACAAAAUGAACAGGAGAUAAGUCAACUGAAAAAAGAAAUUGAAAGAACACAACAAAGGAUGAAAGAAAUGGAGAGUGUUAUGAAAGAGCAAGAACAGUACAUUGCCACUCAGUACAAGGAGGCCAUAGAUUUGGGGCAAGAAUUGAGGCUGACCCGGGAGCAGGUGCAGAACUCUCAUACAGAAUUGGCAGAGGCUCGUCAUCAGCAAGUCCAAGCACAGAGAGAAAUAGAAAGGCUCUCUAGUGAACUGGAGGAUAUGAAGCAACUCUCUAAAGAGAAAGAUGCUCAUGGAAACCAUUUAGCUGAAGAACUGGGGGCUUCUAAAGUACGUGAAGCUCAUUUAGAAGCAAGAAUGCAAGCAGAAAUCAAGAAAUUGUCAGCAGAAGUAGAAUCUCUCAAAGAAGCUUAUCAUAUGGAGAUGAUUUCACAUCAAGAGAACCAUGCAAAGUGGAAGAUUUCUGCUGACUCUCAAAAGUCUUCUGUUCAGCAACUAAACGAACAGUUAGAGAAGGCAAAACUGGAAUUAGAAGAAGCUCAGGAUACUGUAAGCAAUUUGCAUCAACAAGUCCAAGAUAGGAAUGAAGUAAUUGAAGCUGCAAAUGAAGCAUUACUUACUAAAGAAUCAGAAUUAACCAGAUUACAGGCCAAAAUUUCUGGACAUGAAAAGGCAGAAGACAUCAAGUUUCUGCCAGCCCCAUUUACAUCUCCAACAGAAAUUAUGCCUGAUGUUCAAGAUCCAAAAUUUGCUAAAUGUUUUCACACAUCUUUUUCCAAGUGUACAAAAUUACGUCGCUCUAUUAGUGCCAGUGAUCUUACUUUCAAAACUCAUGGUGAUGAAGAUCUUUCUGAAGAAUUACUACAGGACUUAAAGAAAAUGCAAUUAGAACAGCCUUCAACAUUAGAAGAAAGCCAUAAGAAUCUGACUUACACCCAGCCAGACUCAUUUAAACCUCUCACAUAUAACCUAGAAGAUGAUAGUUCUGAGAAUAAUGACUUUAACACGCUUAGUGGGAUGCUAAGAUACAUAAACAAAGAAGUAAGACUAUUAAAAAAGUCUUCUAUGCAAACAGGUGCUGGUUUAAAUCAGGCCUCACAUAUUUAUUACUGAACCCAGCCAACCAACGCGUUCAUAACAGAUGCAGAGAGAAAAAAUAUAUUCCCAACAAAACAUGUCAAACUCUCCAGAUAGUGGUGACAUUUUCAGCCUGAUAUGGUAACAUGAUUGUGACCUUCAGACAGCAUAAAUAUGUGUGCCAUCUCAUGUGCAAUUCCUUAUAGACCCAGCUUGGUUCUUCUCCAUUGUCUCCUUUUGGUUUUAUUUUAUUAAUAAAAUCCUGAUUUUAUUACCA